AUGGCUUCUCCCGCCACCUCAACGGCUCCUCUUCCGAGGCAGCCCGGCCCUCACGCCAUCCCCAUCAUGGAUCCGGCUGAUGCUCCCCAAACGUCUUCGCCUACCAAAAGGGCUUACCAGGCCAUGGAAACACCUACCACCGGUCCCUCUUACCCUCCCAUCUCAGAGACCACCUCCAAGGCCUUCUCACCCGACAUCUCUAAGCUCAAAAUCGAGAUGACCGAGGAUGACGGACCUUCCCCCUUCUGGGGUAUGGGGGGGGCAUCGUUGGGCACACUGAACAAGAGGCAGGACGGAUGGGCAUAUCAAACUCCCCGCCGCUUCAGCAUUCCCCGCUCUUCUUCCCCCUCUCCAGGGCUGACCACCACCCCUUACACCCCUCAGACCCGGUACAGUGCCCGCUCUGCUGGCAUCGGCACUCCAGUCACCCCCUACACUCCCGACUACCCAACCUUAGACUAUCGCCGUCACUCUGAAACCAGCGACGCCAUGCACCGCGCUACACAGAAGCCGUUCAACAAGCCUGUGGAGGAAGAGUACACAGCUCAGACCCUUGGAAGGUAUCUACUUAUUACCAACGUGCCCAUGAACGUUCGCAAUGAUGACUUUCGGGAUAUGAUCCAGAAUAUUGCCGAAUUCAAAGCUCUCAUUGUGAAACACCUUCAGACCAAGGGCUGUGUCAUUGUCGCUUUCCACGACCCCCGAGAGAACCUCAAGGUCUAUCAGCGCCUCCAGGCCGGCCCCAUCAACAUCGGAUCGGCUUAUCCUUCUCUCAAUCUUUCGUGUAUGCCGGUCACCAAAGACCUCGUCGAGUCUGUUACCGGCCAUGGUCCGGCUUGGGAAGAGGUCUGGAAGACAUCUGAGGCUGUCGUCAGGAUUGAUAUCGACGGAGGCAACCCUGUGAAUCCCGAUGCUAUGCACAGAGUGGUGGGUGCCAUCGCGCCUUACCAGAGUAUCGAGCCUAUUGGCUACGACUGUCGCUCUUAUGUUGUCGACUUUUUCGACACUCGUGAUGCCGCUACUUGUAUCCGCACUCUCGAUGGUCACGUAUCUGGGCAGGCCUACGUUAGCGCCGACUACUACGACCCUACCCCUCGGUAUGCGCCAACCCGCCCCACACUCGGCAGUCGAGCUUUCUCUCUCGGGUCUGCAGCCUUCAUCCCCGGAUCGCUUGGCUUACCCAAGACAGACUCCUACUCGGACGUCUUCAGUCUCGGUCAUUCUGCCGAAAGUACUGGUGUGCACACCCCUUCCAGCGCCACCUUCAACCGACUCCGGUCGGAUGACGAUAUCUUUACUUCUCGUUCAGCCUCAUUGAGUCCCACUAAGAGGGAAGUGUCUGCUUCGGGCCCUGCCUACAACGCUGCCUCUCCAUGGGCCAGGCGAGGGUCUACCCCAGCUGUAUUCUCGGGUGCCGACACCCCUCCCCGUAUGCUGUCUCUCUCCAGGCGACUCUCUGAGGCCGGCACGGUGCAAGGUCUCGUCAACAAGGCCGACAUCACUGCCCGAGCUCGGCAGAGGCAGGGGCUCGGUGGCCAUUGGGAUGCGAAUGACCGAAAGAGUAUUCCCGAGCAGAACAGGGUCUUCCCUGAACGAAUCGUGGCUGGCUUGGACCACCGAACGACCGUCAUGAUUAAGGAUGUCCCCAACAAGUUGUCUCGUCAAGAGCUCGUUGAAAUUCUCGACGAGGUUGUUCCCAGCGAGUUUGAUUUUGUCUACCUGCGCUUCGACUUCAAGAACUGCUGCAACGUUGGGUACGCCUUUGUCAACUUUUGCUCCGUCUCUGCCCUCGUGCGCUUCAUUCAGGCUCGAGUGGGUAAGAAAUGGAACAUGUUCUCUAGCGAGAAGGUAUUGCAAGUAUCUUAUGCCGAUAUACAGGGCAAAGCAGCUUUGAUCAACAAGUUCAAAAACUCGGCAGUCAUGUCUGUUGUGGAAUCGUGGCGGCCUCAGAUCUUCUACUCGAGCGGUUCCAUGAAGGGACAGCCCGAGCCUUUCCCAGUCUCCGACAAUCUCUCCUUGCGGGAAAGAUCUGGUGCAGGCUUUGCUGGUGAGAAUUUCAAAAUGUCAUGGCCGGACACAGCUAACAAAAUCAUCCAAGCCCGUCACCCAGCCACCUUCUCUGAGAGUCACGAGCGCCCUUACGAAUACGCCCAGACGUGCUUUGACCACGGCUUUUGA